AUGUCUACUCAUUCAUACAAGUACAAGGCCUUUGUCGAGCGCGGCAUUGAUGCUCUGAAUGCGAACAAUAUGGAAGCAUUCCUAAACCCGUCGGGAUUUUCUGCUCAUUUCAUAAAAUACCUCUUGCCUCAGUCAAUGAACUGGCCCCCACAGACACGGGAAGAGUGGUAUGAAGAUCUCAAAUCGGGAUUUGUUGGUCAGAACUAUGUCGAGUGGAAAGUCACAAUUCAAUCCUACUGGGAGGACACUCGGGAUAGAUCGGCGAUCAUCUGGUGUACAGAGCGUGGUACUUUUGUCGGGGAUAGGAACUACGAGAUGGACUAUGUGAUGCGAUAUAAAUUUGACGAAGAAGGGAAAUUAUUGAAACUUUGGGAGCUUACCGACUCCCACUUACAGAAGAGUCUAGAGAACAAGCACCAGGAAAAGGGCGACGCUGACAACGACGAAGCCUCCUUAGAAUAA